UUUGAUUUUGGCGGAUGUCGGUUAUCAGCUUUCCAGAGGACAGAUGCUGCUACCGUUCGAAGAAUGUUAUAAUUAAUCCAACGAUCAAUUCCUGGAUGUUAUAUCAGUAUAUGCAAAUCCUAUAAAGCCGUAAACGCUAUAUUCUGGAAAGACUAGCAUUUUCAACUAGGUUAGGAUUAUGUGAUAAAAUGUGCAGAGACAUAAAAGUGUCUGUUGUUGUUGCUAUGGUCACAGUGACCGGAAUUCGUGGGGAAUAUCAACAAAACUGGUUUCUCCCUUUAACAAUGGCCUUCAAAUAUAUGGCAUCAAUGGAAUGUGCACCUUCUUUACAAGAUCCACCUUGCCAUGAACUGAAAGAAUAUAAGGUGAAAUACCAGGAUGGCACAAGUAGCUGCGUUCCUUGCUCAAAGUGCCAAAAAGGACAGUGUGUUGCCAGCCAUUGUUUUGAAUACACGGACACCACAUGUAGAACGCCCCGUCAGAACGAAUACAUCGAAAGACACAUCUGUAUAGUUUGCAGUGAUUGUGGAAAUAAUAGGAUCGUGAUUCGAAACUGCACAAAACAUGCUGAUACAGAUUGCGGGGACUGCAAAUCAGGCUAUACAUGGGACCCAAUGGUUGAAGAUUGCGUGUUAUCGAAGAACAAGGUCGUAUCUUCACUGUCAAGAGUACCCAUUGCAUUUAUAGCGGAACCAUCUGGGUAUUUCACAACGCUAAAACCAGAGCAAAGGGUAACUCCUCAGGAAGGAAUACAUGGUGUACCUUGGAUAUAUGUCAUCGGAGGGCUAGUGGUACUGGUAGUCUUAGGCCUCGCAAUUGUAUUGGCCUGUGUCAAAGUUAAAAAGUGUCAAAGGCAAAGAUAUACCCACAGGGGUGAGAAUGAAAGAAGAGACAACAAUGAAAGUUCAGCUACGUUAUUAGAGGACAAACACGAUGACAAAGGAGUAGAAAAUGCAUCGUCAACUGAUUGCCAACAAAGUAAAAAGUCUGAACAAUACCAUUCGGCCUCAAAUGAUACAGAGGGCAUCAACCUGUAUACAAACGGCCAUGCAUCGUGCAACAUGGAUGGAAAGCAGGGCAUGCGUGGCACCCCAUUCUGAUACUGUUCACAUCUUUCUGCCUUCAACUAUUCUAUACUAGAAAGAAGUCAAUAGAACAAAGCCCAUGAUUUCUACAUUAACCUCUGCAACUACUAUCUGUGAUAUUCAAACGUGUGAUAAUCAAACCAUGACAUGCAUGUGUUCAUACUUUU